AUGUCACGAGCGCUAUCAAAAGAAGACACCAUCGUCACCCCACAAAGCCAGAUCCAAGCCCAUAAAAUCUACCACUCCCUUACACACAUCCUCACCCAGCCGCGGAACCCAAGUUCGCUACUGGAGAUAGAAUUGCUUCCAAAAUCCCAUGCACUGCCCCCAGACCAGAAUUACAUCAUAGAAGACACCAGCAUCGCGAUACCAAAAAGGAGUCUGGUUCAAGCCUUCAUCGUGGCUCGGGAAAUCCUAUUCCGUCACGUUCGGCUAUCAAAGCUGGAGGAAGGGGAAGGGAAGGAGGAUGAGGAAGUUGAGCUUCUCAAAGCGAGUUUUGUUGUUUUGUUGAUGGAUGCUGAACACCUUACCGCAGCGAAUGCACGGAAGAGGAUUGUAAAAUCUCAGUUCCAGCUGCAUCAUCAGAAUAGGGAGGAGGUUUUCAAUUCCGAGUUGGGAUUCGUAGAUACCCUCCUAACUGCACGAUUACAUCGCCAUACCAAGUCUCCAACACUAUGGUCUCAUCGGAGAUGGUUGCUCUCACUGUUCCAUUCAUCCGGCCCCUAUGAGACCAAAAAUGAAUAUGAUAUCCGGCAAGGUUUCAAGUCUGUGAUUGUCGUUGCGGCUGAAAGACAUCCAAAGAAUUACUACGCCUGGUCUCACGCUCGGUGGCUUGUUGAAACGUUUAGUGCCGACGGGAGAGGGAAAGGAAAAGAAGAGAUUUUCCGAGAAUUAUUACCUGUGGUUCAAGAUUGGGCUCUCCGUCAUCCAAGCGAUAUCUCUGGCUUCUCAUUCCUGUUCUUCUGUCUCUCAGAAGUGGGAAGCGAAACGAGGAGGAAAGUGUAUCAACAAGUCCUAAAUCUGGUGGUAUCAUUUAGAUGGGCUAAUGAAUCCGUCUGGAUAUUCCUGAGAGCCCUUGCCGCAUUUGAUAGAGAUAUUGGAGAGGGAUUUGAGGAUGAUGUCGCAGAGUUUAUGGGUUCAUAUCCAGACACAGAAGAUUCGAAAGAACAAUUGACGUUGAGAAGUGCGGUGGCGUGGUAUAAAGAAAAUAAUCACAAUAAAAACACUAUAACUUAA